AUGCAGGACCCAGGUUCUGACUUUGACAAGGCCUUGCAGUGCAGCAUUUUUCAGGAGCUUCAGAGAUGUGUCCAGGCUUCUGGGGAGCCAUGUGAGGGAAGCAUCAUGCACACUUGGAAUUCCUUCGCCCCAGUGCCAGAGAUGAAAUCCAAGCAGAGGAACCUCUUUCACCUCGCUCAACAAGCUGGUGAAGGAGCUAAGAUAUUGGAGGUUGGCUUCAAUGCGGGCCAUUCUGUGUGUCUCAUGAUGCUGGCGAAUCCAACGUCCAAAGUGGUCGCCUUUGACCUGUGUGAACAUCACUACACCAAGCCUUGUGUGGAGGCCCUCAAGCGGUUCUUUGGGCCGCACCGCCUGGAAUUGGUGGAGGGCUCCAGUGCCAACACCUUGCCAAGCUUCCAUCGGCAGCAGCCAGAUGUUCACUUCGACCUCUUUCACGUGGACGGUGGUCAUCAGUAUCAGCAGGCUUUGGCAGAUCUGAAGAACUGCCGUGCCAUGGCUCGCCAACCACCGGCAGUCUCCACGGUGGUGAUGGAUGACACUGACCUGGUGGGAGUGGGAGCAGCCUGGGAAGACUUUCUGGCUGCAGGUGGGGCGUUGCCACUGGAAGCACCAUAUCCUCUGGGCCACUACAAACACGGCAUUGGGGAGGUGAUUCCAUUUCCUGCGAUGCAGGCGACAUGUAGUUCCUGUGGCGGAUGUGCAGUCUAUGCCUGCGGUGCUUGCGGCGAGGUCCGCUACUGUGGAGAAACUUGCGGCCGUGCGCAUUGGCGUCGGCAUCGGCAAGUGUGCCGUGCUCGAGUGAAGCCACCACCAGACUUGGCUCCGCUGCAGGAGGUGAUUCCUUCAGAUCUCUUGCGCAGCCGGACGGAUGGGGUGCUGGUGGCAACCCAAGACUUGCCGGUAGGGCGGCUGCUUUUUGAAGAGCCACCGCUCGCGUGGCAAGCGGCACCUCCCAUGCGCCGCCACUUCUGCGCCCGUUGCGGAACGAGCGCCAGCGCGCGGAGCCUGCGCUGCGGCUGCGGGCAGGCGACAUUUUGCGAGUCCUGUGGAGUCAAGUGCAAGAUGUGCCCUGAGCUCUCUAUUACUCGUGGCCACGUAGGAGCUUUCACACUGGUCGCAUUGGAGGUGCUGCGCGACUGGGAGAAUCACCAGUUGCCGCGGCAUGCGCUUUCUGCUGCGACCGCCGAAGCUCAGGAUGAAGCCCGACGGGCGACAGCAGCGGUGCAGAAGGUCGCACACUUCUGUUCAGCAGUGCGCUGGAGCGAUCAACGUGCCGAAGAACUGGUGGGCUCCAUCAUCAGCGGCCGAGUGCGGCAUGCCUCAGCUGCAGCUGUUGGUGUGGGUUACUAUCCCAAGUUAGCAAGGUUGAGGGCCAAGAACUCCUCCCACCAGGCAAAUGUCGAACUCCAAUUUCGACCAUCGAAGGAACAUGCAUUUGCCCUUCAGGUGCUGGUUCUAUCCUCCAUCAGUGAAGGGGAGUUGAUCCGCGUGACAUGA